UACCAGCACACUUAAAGAUGCUCAGCGAAAGCACAAGGAGAUGUUACUAAAACAAAGUGAGAUACUGGUAGUGAAGACUAUCCUGAUAAAGGAGAAGGUGAAGCAGUUUCAGUUGGUUGAUCGCUACACGGAGCUGACAAUUAUUUCUGAUGUACGUGACCGGGAACUGGUAGAACAUGAGCUGCUGGCGAGAGGCAGAGACCACGAGGAGUGGAGACAGAAGCAACUCCGGGGAGAGCUGGAAAAAAUCCGAAUUGAUAAACUGUUCCACAGCAGCUUCUCCAGAGGAAGUUUCUUUUACCGGAUGAAAAAAUUCUACAAGAGAAGCGGAUCUGGCACUUUCACAGGGAAUUCCGCAGUAGUGAGUGGAGUGGCGGGGAUUGGAAAAACAACCAUGGUGCAAAAGAUUGUCCAUGACUGGGCCACAGGCAAAAUCUAUCCUCACUUCCACUUUGUUUUAUUUUUAAAUUCCGAGACCUAA